CGUGAAGCCAUGAGUCGCUCACAUGCGGAAACGUGGCGCACUUCUGGCCAACCGUGAGGUAUCCCGCCAUCGUCACUUUCGACCUUUCUCGACACGUGACGGCUUCCCAAUCGGAAACUCAUAUCGUCUCUUCGACUCCCACAUAUCGUGUUUCAAAGCCAGUUACACCUUACGCUGAAUCAUUUCAACAGGAAAGAGGAGAGAACGUAAGCGAGCGGGAAAGCGAUCAACAUGUGGAUCAUCGACUGGUUCUGGGACCUGCUAGCCCAACUCGGCCUCGCCAACAAGCACGCCAAACUCCUCUUCCUCGGCCUCGACAAUGCCGGCAAAACUACUCUCCUCCACAUGCUCAAAAACGACCGCGUAGCCAUAUUGCAACCCACCCUGCACCCCACCUCCGAGGAACUCUCCAUCGGCACCGUGCGCUUCACCACCUUCGACCUCGGCGGGCACCAACAAGCGCGACGGCUGUGGAAAGACUACUUCCCCGAAGUGAGCGGGAUCGUGUUCCUCGUCGACGCCAAGGACCCGGAGCGGUUCGGGGAGAGCAAGGCGGAGCUGGACGCGUUGUUGAGCAUGGAGGAUCUGGCGAAGACGCCGUUUUUGAUCCUGGGGAAUAAGAUUGAUCAUCCCGGCGCGGUGAGCGAGGAGCAGUUGAGGCAUGAGUUGGGGCUUUGGCAGACGAGUGAGUAUUACCCACCGUAUGGAAGAGGAAGAGGGAGGGGGGAAAGGGGUGUGGGUUGAGUUGAGUUGAGUGGGGUUGUGCUAAUGCGGGUUUCGUGUUUUUCUAGCCGGCAAGGGCAAAGUCCCCCUCGACAACAUCCGACCCAUUGAGAUCUUCAUGUGCUCCGUCGUCAUGCGACAAGGGUACGGAGAGGG